UUAUAUCAUGUAUACCCCCCUCAUCUGAUUAUGUCCUCAGGAAAACGUCUCUCUCGACCAUCAUAUGGCAUGUAUACGGCUACACAGUCUAGGUCAUGCUACAUCUGCAAGAUCCUGCCAAACCGGUGGUUGGCUUGUAGAAGUUCUGUGCUCGCUUGAUAAGGGUAAUGGGGGCUCCACGAAGGAGUUCUUCCCAGGAGGAUGGUGGGACGAACUCACUUCCAAGUAUGAUUGGCUAAAGGAACAGACAUGGCCCAACAAACCGGCGCAAGCACUCAUCGCCACAUUGAAGCCUGAGAUCAUAGAGGCGAUGAAGAACCUGGUGGGGACCGGGGAUUUCCCGAAUUUCUUUUGCAUGAUCGGAUUUAGUGACAUAGCUAAUCUCAUACGGAUAUGGGAUCAGGGAAAGGAUGCUUUCGUUGCCGGGCAGGCCGCCGAGACUCCAACAGUCGGUUGCACCAUCACAGGUGCGCUGGCCCUUGACGACGAGGAAAUGGCGGAGAUGAACGCUGCCAUCGCCGCAGUAACCGCCACUGCCAGCCAUAACCCGGAGAAAGCCUCCUCCUGGCAGGGACGGCAGUUCACUGCUUUCGCACCACUACCCUCUUUACACUGGGUUGAACACACGAGGUCCGGAUUCAGACAAGCACUCUGGAAACUCGACACGUUCAAUCACCUUACACCAUUCUCGGUGAAAACACUUAUUUUCCUAGCCAACCUGACAGAAGAAAAGGUUGCCACGUGUAAGGCGAAUGCGAUAACCGGCGCGCUCCCAUAUUGCCCUCCGGGGAAGAAGGCAUUUAACCCAACCCUCCUAACUUUCCAUUUGCUAUCGACACUAGACCAUACGAAAUGCAAAUACGCUAGUCCAAUGAUGUGGCAGAAGAAGCUCAAAACAACCCCGGAGAUCGAUCUCAAAGGGCUAAGGAAGAGUUGGAAUGUCGGGAGACCAUAUCUCAGGUGCAGAUGCGCCACCGAAAGGAAGAAGGAUUGUGGAGUAGGACCGAUCUGGAUGGACCAUGCGAUCUGGUACCUGCUCGCACAUCCGGAUAUCCUCUUUCCCAACAUCGCCUCGGUAAAGGAUGAGAACUUCGACCCAAUCGAAGGAGGCAAGAUGAUUGUGCUUCCAUCAGGAAGAUCCGUAUGGAGAAGGGAAGGGAAGGAGCGGGACCAGUUUGUGCACGUCCGAUAUACCAGCAGACUCAUAGAGGCAGUCCCACUGAGGAGGAUGAUUCUGGAAGCACUCAGGCAGGUGAAGGGGGACAGAUCAGCGGACUGGUUGGAGGAGGUGACCAUCGGGUGGUGGUAUGAUGAACCACUAGGGGCCAAGAUCUGCAAGCCGGCGAAGGUAUUCAGGAAAUUCAGGAUGAUCGAGUGGGAGGCGGGGUAUGUUCCGGAUUACUGCCAGUGCGGGGCGGGCAGGCAUGCAGAAUUCUUUAACACUGCUUAUAUCAGGCUGCUCCCCGAAGAACACACCAUGCACGUCAUCACUAACGACACGGGAGUGACGAAUAACGGGCAGCUACAACUUAUGCUCAACACGGGUCUCAGUCAUAUCCCGCUGAGAGCGCUUGAUGAGGAGUUCACGAUCGACGAAGUCGAGCUGGUGCUCGAAAAAGUACUCACCACGCGCAGAUGCGACGAAGAGUUAACUAUGGAGGAGGAAAGACGCGUGAAAGGGAUUGUCCUGAAAAAUGCAAGGCGAUGCAUCAGAAACUAUCGUGCAAGAAACAUGCACAUCACCGGGGAACCCAUUAACAAUGUAGCGAUGAGGAGCGAGCUCGAAUGGCUGACUAGCAGAUAUCUUAUCUGCCCAACGGACAAGGCACCGCACACUCCCACGUUCGUCUGCAUCAACUUCAUCAGAAAGUUGGCGCUGCAUCGACUCUCCAGACCCGACUUCACACCACUUUCGGAAGAACCAGCGCAGGUGGCUGCGAAACUGCUACAGGAGGCUGCUGCCAUCACUCAUGUCGGGCAGGAGUUAUUACCACUCUCGCACCUCAUGACGGUGUACAAGGCUCAUAAGCAGACUUUCAGAUGGAUCACGAACACUGCAAGAUCGGUGCUCUACCCCGUCGCAAGCGUGUGCGACAACAUGCUAAAGCUACUUGCGGAGGAUGUGCAGACCCUCUGCACCAGUAAGAGCGAGGAGCACGGAGCAUGAAGUCAGGCCCAACUUCUGGUGGCCGAUCUCCUCGAUAGGAGAAUUCGUGGCCAACAUC